AUGGCCACGGCGGCCUCUAACCCGUACCUGCCGGGCAGCAGCCUGCUGGCGGCCGGCUCCAUCGUGCACUCGGACGCUGCGGGCGGCGGCGGCGGCGCUGGGGGCGGCGCGGGGGGCGGCGGCGGCGCCAUGCAGCCAGGCAGCGCCGCCGUGACCUCAGGCGCCUACCGCGGGGACCCGGCCUCCGUCAAGAUGGUGCAGAGCGACUUCAUGCAGGGGGCCAUGGCCGCCAGCAACGGCGGCCAUAUGCUGGGCCACGCGCACCAAUGGGUCACCGCCUUGCCCCAUGCCGCCGUCGCUGCCGCCGCCGCCGCCGCCGCGGUGGAGGCCAGCGCGCCCUGGUCUGGCAGCGCGGUGGGCAUGGCCGGGAGCCCGCAACAGCCGCCGCCGCCGCCGCCACCCCCGCAGGGCCCCGACGUGAAGGGUGGUGCGGGACGCGACGACCUGCACGCGGGCGCGGCGCUGCACCACCGUGGGCCACCGCAUCUGGGACCCCCGCCGCCACCCCCGCACCAGGGCCACCCCGGGGGCUGGGGCGCUGCCGCCGCUGCUGCAGCCGCUGCUGCAGCCGCAGCCGCAGCCGCGCACCUCCCGUCCAUGGCUGGAGGCCAGCAGCCACCGCCGCAGGGCCUGCUGUACUCGCAGCCCGGGGGCUUCACGGUGAAUGGCAUGCUGAGCGCGCCCCCAGGACCAGGCGGCGGAGGUGGUGGCGGAGGCGGGGGCGCGGGCGGCGGCGCGCAGAGCCUGGUGCACCCGGGGCUGGUGCGGGGGGACACGCCCGAGCUGGCCGAGCACCACCACCACCACCACCACCACGCGCACCCGCACCCUCCGCACCCGCACCACGCGCAGGGCGCCCCGCACCACGGCGGCGCGGGGCCCGGACUCAACAGCCACGACCCACAUUCGGACGAGGACACGCCGACGUCCGACGACCUGGAGCAGUUCGCCAAGCAGUUCAAGCAGCGGCGCAUCAAGCUGGGCUUCACGCAGGCCGACGUGGGGCUGGCGCUUGGCACGCUCUACGGCAACGUGUUCUCGCAGACCACUAUCUGCCGCUUCGAGGCCCUGCAGCUGAGCUUCAAGAACAUGUGCAAGCUCAAGCCGCUGCUGAACAAGUGGCUGGAGGAGGCGGACUCGAGCACUGGCAGCCCCACCAGCAUUGACAAGAUCGCGGCGCAGGGCCGCAAGCGCAAGAAGCGGACCUCCAUCGAGGUGAGCGUCAAGGGCGCCCUAGAGAGCCACUUCCUCAAGUGCCCCAAGCCCUCGGCGCAGGAGAUCACCAACCUGGCCGACAGCCUGCAGCUGGAGAAGGAGGUGGUGCGGGUCUGGUUCUGCAACCGGCGCCAGAAGGAGAAGCGCAUGACGCCUCCCGGGAUCCAGCAGCAGACGCCAGACGACGUGUACUCUCAGGUGGGCACCGUGAGCGCCGACACGCCACCGCCGCACCACGGGCUGCAGACCAGCGUGCAGUGAGCGCCCGGGCGCCGCGCGCAGAGGGCCGCCGCCGAGCUGCCACCGGGCUGCCACUGAGCUGCCCACCGAGCGCCGCCCAGCCGCCGAGCCUGCACCGCGGCCUCCGGCCGAGGCCCAGCGCGCCGCUGCCCUCCACUCCGCCCAGAGACAGGCGUGCCCGCCCUUGGAGGAAAAAUCGAGGGAGACACGGAUGGAGGAGACUUUUUUUUUGCAAGUCCAAGGAAGGAGGGACCAAAAAAUUUAAAAAGCAGUAUACAUACCCAAACUGUUUUACAUACAUAUAUACAAACAAAACCGGAAGAGGAAAAGAAGGGCAACAGUGGGAUCUCGUUUAUAUUGUGGUGGUGUUUUGUUUUUUAUUUUCAUGAAGGUUAAAGAUGCCUAACACACCAAAACUGCACUGGUGAGGUGUUCCGCGCCCCGAGUUGUCCUACAAGGCAGCAGUGGACAGCACCUGUCCCGUUCUCCUUGCCUCUUAAAAAAACAGACAGUCCCCCUUUCUUCCACCUCCUCCCAAAGGGCUGCCUCAGAGACCCACCGAGCGAGCGCGCUUUCCUGGGAGCCACCUGAAAGAGAGCGACAGCGCCAGGUUCCCUCGGGGUCUGACUCUGGGCUGCAGGACCCUGUUUCUCUUGGCCAUAUUAAAGUCAUUUGGGAACAAACAAAUCAACUAUGAAAUGGGAAGGAGAGGAAAACAAAAACCAGUCUCCAGGGGAAAAAAAAUUCACAGCUUCUGAAAUUAACAGACUCAACAGCAAAGCCAAAAGAAAGUAUCCUCAAAGUAACCUUGGGAAUAAAAGCAUCUCAAAGAAAGAGCAAAAGAUAGGCUGGGGACGGGACGCCCAGCCUGGAGAGGCGACACUGGGCCUAGGCCACAGAGCCAGGCCCUGCCACCGACCCGGCUUUGCCUGCUGCGUGCGGGGCGGACCGUGCCUAAAGAUGCCACCGCUAAUAUUUUUUUUAACAAUAUUUUUUAUUUUUUAUUUCCGGACUGACUCCGAUAAAGGGAUUUAGAGAGACUGAGCACCAGCCGCUGCACUUCCCUUGACUUCAGUCCUCAGUUUGUUGCCAACCUUGACUGAUGGGUGCUGUGGAUGUGAUUAUAUAAUACUGCCAUUUCCAAGCAGUGUUUUUGGUAGGUUUUAAUAAACAGACUUUCCAAAAGACGGCAAUAUAGAAUCGUUAGAUCCGUUGUUGAUCUAAAAAUAUUUGCUUUAUAUUUUCAUUAAAUGACUUCUUUUAAUAUUUUAUUCAGAAUACUUAUGAACUGCUGCAAAACGGUAAUUUAUUUUUCCCCAGAUCUUGUAUUACGUGUUUUUUUCAGACGAGCACAAAUCAAAAUGAAAUGAAAAUAUGGACAGUUGUUAGGUAAUAAGGGUAUCUUUUGAUGUGAUCAUUUGAUUGUAAUUUAAUUUGAGUAGUGAUUCCGUAAGAGCUGAUCGAGAAAAUAAAUUUGUUAGAAGGAAGUAGUCUGUGUCUGAUGCAUACACACUGUGUGGAAAGAGAAGAGUUCUCUGAAAAAAUAUUUUUUUACUAAUGCAGAUCUCUGAUAGGUAAUAGUGCUAAGGAAGCACAGCCUCCACCUCCUGAGGUGCAGCUGGUGACCCUGAGUGAGGUGCAGGCUUUCCUGGGACAGCUGGUAUUUUAACACAGUGUUUACUCCUUAUUAAGCCAUGCAUUUUACCAUAUUUUUCUCUUCCUUAAUUUUAGUGGGUGGGUGUCUUUAGUGUUUUUAGGUGAGAUUGUCUAUAAAUACUAACCCUUUUCUUGAAGAUACCUGUGUUCUUUAUUGAAUGAUUGAACUACGUCAUCAGUAAAAAUGUGCCAAACUGGUGAUUAAUUAGUGGCUGAUACACCUCCCCCAAGUUCAGCCUCUUAUCCUCUCAUCCCCCCUAAAUUUUUCCUAUGUCUCUGCUCUUUUCCUGAAGACUAAUAGUUGUGAAGAAUAACUUAGAAGUCUAUAAAGUAUUUUGAUAUCAAUUACUUCCCAUUAAUAACUAUAUGUAAUUAAAUUUAAAUUAUUAAGCUGUUUUGUUGUUUUUGGUUUUUCCUAUAAUGAGAGAAGAUAGUUCAAAACUCCUUUGUUGGUCCAUAGUGCAUUCCAUCUUUGCCAUUACCAGCUCUAGCAGCAGGCUGUAUGUUUCUGUGGUUCGGUCUCUCCCCAGUGUGAUUCUUUAUCUUCUUUACGGUACAGGGGAUUUUAGCUUGUUUUAGGUCACUUUUUAUAUAAACCCUGCAGAGUGGUCACAUUGAUCAAGUUAAUGUAUCAAUAUUUACAGUGUGGGAAAAAGAAAGUGUAAUGCCUCUGGUUGGGAGUGCUUAAGAUGCAAGACUUGUUUGGCUGAAUCCUUAUAUAUUGUGCUUUUUUUCUUUAAGCCAUGAUUUCACAGAUGAAUUUCCCCUAUUCUUACUUAGCUGUCGCUCAUUUUUUGCCUCCCUCUCUCCCCUUCACUUCCUCUGCCUGUGAUAUCAAUGCAGGGGUUAAAAAAUCCCGGAAAACCAAGAGAGCAACCAGGAGCAGUCAUUUCUCCAGACAGCCCCUGUGUCACUUCCAUAAAUCAACCCUAGCCAGAUGGCCGUGGAUGGGGUUGCAUUAUUUUAAACACCAAAUUGCACUAAAAAUCACAAUCAUUUUGAUUUGUGAAAUCUGAAAAAGGCCAUAUUUAUUAAACAGAGAAAAGAAAAAACUAAAGACAAGAAACCACAAUUUACUUUUCUCUGCCUUCUUGUUUUCCGUUUCUCUUGUUAUAGUAAUGCCCAGACACCCCCGGGAAUUUACAACCUGUGGGGAGGGGUGAAGUUCUUGGGGUUUUUUUGAAGGGCCUUGCGGGGAAGGCAAAGAAGGCUUCUCCUGGCAGGCUGAGAAUUGGGCAGGUUGUUAGAAUAUGGUGUUCACCGCUGGCAUGUGAGCUGGAAUCCUGUUUUGUUUUGGUUUUUUUCUGCUGAAAUGGUGGUGCUUGAUUAGACAAGGAAUAGAUCUGUUUAAAAUUUAGGAAGUAUUUGCUUACUUGAUUUAGCUGUCAACAAAAGAGCUAACAUUAGAUUUCACACUGUUUUCUAUUUAAAAGCAACCUGUGUUGAUUACUUUGGAAGAGGCACUGAUUUGGGGGCAGCUGAGUGAUCUUCAGUGGAGAAGCUGGGUCACCAAGCCCAUUUUGUUUUUGUUAUUUUGCAUUUUAUAAAGUGGGCUAAUGCUUUGACUUUUUAUUAAAAAAAUUCAACCCUUUGAAUGUAUUUACAAGAUGAAAUUCAUGGUUGAAACACAAAAGAGAGGAGAUAUAACUGAGAGGUUUUGUGCUAAGGCUUAUAUUGUUACACAUGUAAAUAAUGAAAAUAUUGUUACAUAUCACCAGAUCUUUUUAAUGAAUUUGGUCAUUGUGUUGCUUUGCAGCACAAGUGUCUUGUGCUUUGUAAAGUGCUCAUUUGUUUCCUCCCUGUCAAUCCCUCCCCCUCCCCUUCCAACCCAAAGGAAAGUGACCAAGUUCUGUCCCACCAGUCUGGCUAAUCCCAAACUAGGCCUAUUUACAGUUUACAGUCUCCUGUGACUCUGGGUCACUUGCCUAAGCCUCCUUCCCCUUCUUCACCCAGCCCUGUCCCCUGGCAAGUCCCUGCGAUGAUAAGUCCUUUAAACAGUGUAUUUUAAACAGUCACUUUGCUGUUGUUGCUCUCUUUUGUUUUUUGUUUUUUCUUUAGUACUUAGCCAGGGACUUCUUCUUUGUUCCAAAAUAGAACUGUCCACUAUGGCUCUUAAGAGAGACUUCCCCUGCCUCCGUGUAGCAUCCACUGUGUGUUCAUUUCCAUGCUCAUAACCUGUUUUGUGUGAAUGGUUUCCAACAUUCAGAGAAUAAUUGGUUCUAAUAUUCAAUGCAGUAUAUACUAUGGAUAGUUUUAUCAAUAAGUGUAAUAUUUUAACAAUUAAAUUUGUUUUUUUAAAUUA